GUGCUGCUCAAGGGGGAUUUGUUGGCUUUUCGUUAUAAUAAUAUAAGAGCUGCCUCAGCAAGAUGUCUGUAAGGAGGAGGAGGUUCUGGCUGACCAUCAGCUCUGUGACCAGGAGAGGAACUCCAGUCUGGACCAAGAGGACCCAGAGCCUCCAGAGAUUAAAGAGGAACAGGAGGAACUCUGUAGCAUUCAGGAGGGAGAGCAGCUUGGACUGAGGCAGGAGACCAAUCCCUUGACUCCUACUUAUGAAGACAGUGACCACAGUGAACCAGAACCAGACAGUGACCAGCAGCUCCUCUCUCACAGCUCUCCUGUAGCUGAGAGCCAGGAUCACAAAGGAAACCAGCAUGUAGACUCAGGAUCAACCAGUCACAGUAGCAAUGUGGACAACUCUCCCAUGUCACAGACUGUCUCUGAUCCUACCACAGGUAACAAGUCCUUCAAAUGUGGCACUUGUGGGAAAGAUUUUAAGUGUAAGUCAAAAUUGAACCGACAUUUGAGAAUUCACACAGGUGAGAAGCCGUAUGUUUGCAAAACAUGUGGGAGGAGUUUCACUCGUUAUGAUGCUUUGUUGGCACAUAUGAGAAUCCACACAGGUGAGAAGCCGUAUGUUUGCAGUACCUGUGGGAAAGGAUUCAGUCAGAGCUCAGCCUUGACUACUCAUUUAAGAGUCCACACAGGUGAAAGGCCAUUCCCUUGCAGCACUUGUGGGAAAAGGUUCACGCACAGCAGCAGCUUGCGGAUCCACAUGAAGGUCCAAAGAGAGCUGCCUCAGCAACAUGUUUGUAAGGAGGAGGAGGUUAUGGCUGACCAGCAGCUCUGUGACCAAGAGAGGAACUCCAGUCUGGACCAAGAGGACUUGACUCCUACUUAUGAGGACAGUGACCACAGUGAACCAGAACCAGAUAGUGACCAGCAGCUCCUCUCUCACAGCUCUCCUGUAGCUGAGAGCCAGGAUCAGAGAGGAAACCAGCAUGUAGACUCAGGAUCAACCAGUCACAGUAGCAAUGUGGACAACUCUCCCAUGUCACAGACUGAGUCUGAUCCUGCUACAGGUAAUAAGUUCUUCAAAUGUGACACUUGUGGGAAAAAUUUUAAGUGUAAGUCGAAAUUGAACCGACAUUUGAGAAUCCACACAGGUGAGAAGCCGUAUUCUUGUGAAACAUGUGGGAAGAGUUUUGCUGGUUGUGAUGCUUUGUCGGCACAUAUGAGAAUCCACACAGGUGGCAAUGUGGACAACUCUCCCAUGUCACAGACUGAUUCUGAUCCUACCACAGGUAACAAGUCCCUCAAAUGUGACAUCUGUGGGAAAGAAUUUAUCUAUAAGGCCAAUUUGAUUGUACAUCUGAGAGUCCACACAGGUGAGAGGCCAUAUUCUUGUGAAACAUGUGGGAAGAGUUUUGCUCGUAGUAGUAUCUUGUUUAUCCACAAGAGAAUCCACACAGGUGAAAGGCCGCAUGUUUGUAAUACCUGUGGGAAAGGAUUCAUGCACAUUUCAGGACUGACAAAACAUUUAAGAAUCCACACAGGUGAGAAGCCAUAUGUUUGUAACACCUGUGGGAAGAGUUUCACACAAGGAGGUAACUUGCAUUCCCACAUGAAAAUUCACACAGGUGAGAAGCCACAUCUUUGCAACAUCUGUGGGAAAGGAUUCAAGCAGAGGUCAGAAUUGACUAAUCAUUUAAGAAUCCACACGGGUGAAAGGCCGUUUCCUUGCAACACUUGUGGGAAAAGUUUCACACAGAGCGGAGCCUUAACAAGUCACCUGAAAAUCCACACAGGUGAGAAACCGUAUUCUUGUAAAACAUGUGGGAAGGGUUUCAUACAUAAAGGUAACCUGGAUUUCCACAUAAAACUACACACAGGUGAGAAGCCGUAUAUUUGUAACACCUGUGGGAAAGGAUUCAGGCGGUGCUCAGACUUGACUACUCAUUCAAGAACCCACACAGGUUAAAGGCAGUUUCCCUGCUGCACUUGUUUUUUUUUUUUUUUUUUAUU